AUGUCCCUCCAAGGCAACCCCACAAUAACCUACACCUACCUAACCCGCCCCCGCCCCUCCCAAACACCUCCCUUCUACCUGCCCACCUUCCCAGAAAUUUCCGGACCUCGAGGCACAACCCGCAAGCCUCUGGCCCCCGAGACCGUCGGGCAAUUGCAAGCCCGAUAUAAUGGGCAGGUCAAAGAUUGGGAGUGCAUGGCUAGGCAAGGGAUAAAGGUGGCUCUUUUUGCCAAGUUGAGCACCAACCUCGUUUUGCCUUCGGGUAUAAAUAAGAAUCUGUUGGUUCAGCCGGAUGCUGCUUGGAUUGCCCAAAAGCCGGAGCGCGUCGUCUUUGCUAAUCUUGGCAACUCCAUCACUGCUGCCGCCCUCGGACUCGCGAUCCAACAGUCUGCCAGGGGUCUGCCUUCUGCGGCUGGCAGCCCGCAGAUGGUUGUGUCGGGUUAUGGUAUUCCCGCUGUUCCCGCUCCGGCUGCGGUUCCAAUUGCUCCUCCAAUUCUCCCCCCUCUGCCCCUCCUACCCCUCCCCCACGCUGCGCCGUUCCUCGCUGCUCCUCCCGCCAUCGCUCCUUUGGCUCCUGCCCCGCCCCUUCCCGCCUCUGACGAAGAGGAAGAAGAUGAUGAUCCCACUGGAGAGUGGACCCAGAUGCUCCUCCGCCAGGGGGAUAUCCAACCAAGACGCGACGCCUAA